UUACCCUGACGUCAGUUUGCAGAAGUAGCUCUGCCCUGUCUCACUCCAGUGUCUCGGAAACUCAGUUAAGAAACAAAACUGAGGGAAAUAGAUGGGCUCUGCUUUGCUCUCUGCCGCCUUCCUGGACCUGACGGAGUGAAUGAAAUGACCUGUUCUUUCCAUGUAAAGUGGACUAAAACAUCUACACGAUGAACACCUGCGCCUUUCUGCUCAUUUUAAGUGUCCAGAUCUACGCUGAUGGCAUCGAGGGGCCAACAGCUGCUGGCUGCACGUUUGAAGAGGACUCAGACCCUAAUCUGUGUGACUUCACUCAAGGGGAGGAGGAUGACUUUGACUGGAUGCUGUUUAGGACGUACAGCGCACCUUCAGCCAGUACCGACCUCCUGAGGGGAUCCUACAUGUUGGUGAACUCUUCUCAGCAUGCUGCCGGCCAUCGAGCGCAGCUGCUGCUGCAGACGCUAAGUGAAAACGACACACACUGCGUCCAGUUCAGUUACUUCCUGUACAGCCGAGAUGGUCACAGUCCCGGGGCCCUGCGAGCAUACGUGCGAGUGAAUGGUGGUCCACUUGGAAGUCCGGUGUGGAACACCUCAGGGUCUCAUGGCAAACAGUGGCACCAGGUGGAGCUGGCAGUAAGCACCUUCUGGCCCAGUGAAUACCAGGUGCUGAUUGAGACAACGGUUUCCAGGGAGCGGAGGGGUUACAUCGGUAUAGAUGACAUCAUGGUGCUCAACUACCCCUGCUAUAAGGCCCCACACUUCUCCAGGCUGGGGGAUGAGGAGGUAAAUGCUGGCCAAAAUGCCUCUUUCCAGUGCGUUGCUGCUAGGAGGGCCUCUGAGGCAGAGAAGUUCCUACUGGAGAGACACAAUGGCGACAUUUUAACAGCGGCCUCGGUCAAGCACUUGAGUCAUCGGCACUUUGUGGUGUCCUUCCAGCUAGAUAACGUUCAGCGCUCAGAUCAGGACCUUUACCGCUGUGUCACUCAGUCCUCCAGGGGCUCAGGGGUGUCCAACUUUGCUGAGCUUGUUGUAAAAGUACCUCCAUCCCCCAUCGCACCGCCUCAGCUGCUGCGUGCCGGCUCCACUUACCUGAUCAUCCAGCUCAACACUAACUCUAUCCUGGGAGAUGGGCCCAUUAUCAGGAAAGAGAUUGAGUACCGUGCCAGUCAGUCCCCGUGGUCAGAGGUACAUGGAGUCAACAUGGUCACCUAUAAACUGUGGCACCUGGAUCCAGACACGGAGUAUCACAUCAGUGUGCUGCUAACUCGACCUGGAGAGGGUGGAACCGGCCCCCCUGGGCCCCCCCUUGUGAGCAGAACUAAGUGUGCAGAGCCCAUGCGUCCGCUGCAAGGCCUCAUCGCCACAGAUAUCCAGUCCAGGCAACUGUCCCUGCAGUGGGAGAAUCUGGCGUUCAACCUGACACGCUGCCACACCUACUCAGUGUCCCUGUGCUACCGCUAUACCAUGGCGGGAGGCGGUGGAGGCCACAACACCACCGUCCGUGAGUGCUUGGCAGUGGAGCACAACGCCUCACGCUUUACGCUUCGUGACCUUCCACCAUACCACAGCAUUCACGUUCGGCUGUCACUGGCAAAUCCAGAGGGGAAGAAGGAAAGCAGAGAGGUCACUUUUCAGACUGAAGAGGACAUUCCCGGAGGCAUAGCACCAGAGUCGCUCACCUUCACACCUCUUGAUGACAUGAUCUUCCUGAAGUGGGAGGAGCCUGUUGAGCCCAAUGGCCUAAUUACGCAGUAUGAGAUCAGCUACCAGAGCAUUGAGUCGUCGGAUCCAGGCAUCAAUGUACCAGGUCCUAGAAGAACGGUGUCCAAGCUCAAAAACGAGACGUACCAUAUGUUCUCUAACCUCCACCCUGGAACAACAUACCUGAUCUCUGUCCGGGCGCGUACAGCAAAGGGCUUUGGACAAACAGCCCUCACAGAAAUCACCACUAACAUCUCAGCCCCCACGUUUGAUUAUGGAGACAUGCCGUCACCCCUGAGUGAAACAGAGAGCACAAUUACUGUGCUGCUGCGCCCUGCACAGGGCAGAGGAGCACCGGUCAGUACAUACCAGGUGGUGGUUGAAGAGGAAACUGUGAAGAAAGUAAAGAGGGAGCUUGGACUUCAGGAGUGCUUCCCAUUGCCCAUGUCUCAUGGUGAAGCACAGGCACGGGGUACACCGCACUACUACACAGCCGAGCUGCCGCCCAGCAGCCUGCCAGAGGCCAGUCCCUUCACUGUUGGAGACAACCACACAUACAACGGCUACUGGAACAGCCCAUUGGACCCGCGCAAAAGCUACCUGGUCUACUUCCAGGCUAUGAGCAACUUCAAAGGGGAAUCCAGAAUAAACUGCAUCCGCAUCGCUCGCAAAGCCGCCUGCAAGGAUCACCGUAAAGCCAUGGAGGUGUCUCAGCACACUGAGGAGAUGGGACUGAUCCUGGGCAUCUGCGCUGGAGGUCUGGUGGUCUUGAUCCUCCUGCUUGGUGCCGUCAUCAUCGUCAUUAAGAAAGGAAGGGACCACUACUCUUAUUAUCCGAAACCAGUAAACAAGACUCCUAUUACCUACCGGCAGGAAAAGAGCCAUAUGGGCUCCUUGGAGCGCAGUUUCACAGACCAGAGCACCCUGCAGGAGGAUGAAAGAUUGGCUCUUUCCUUCAUGGAUUCACAUACGUGUGGAACACGAAGUGAUGCUCGUAGUUCAGUGAACGAGGCCAGCAGCCUGCUAGGGGGCUCCCCGAGGCACCAGUGCGGGCGUAAAGGCUCCCCCUACCACACAGGACAGCUCCACCCCGCAGUCCGAGUGGCCGACCUUCUCCAGCACAUCAACCAGAUGAAGACCGCUGAGGGCUAUGGCUUUAAACAGGAAUAUGAGAGCUUUUUCGAUGGCUGGGACUGCACUAAAAAGAAGGACAAAACUAAAGGGAGGCACGACACCUUGCUGGGAUAUGAUCGUCACCGAGUAAAGCUCCACCCUCUGCUGGGAGAUCUAAACUCAGACUAUAUCAACGCUAACUACAUUGACAUUCGGAUUAACAGGGAAGGCUACCAUCGAUCCAACCACUUCAUCGCCACUCAGGGGCCCAAGCAGGAGACCCUGUAUGAUUUUUGGAGGAUGGUGUGGCAGGAAAACUGCUUCAGCAUCGUCAUGAUCACUAAGCUGGUGGAGGUUGGCAGGGUCAAGUGCUGUAAAUACUGGCCUGAUGACAGCGAGAUGUAUGGGGAUAUUAAAAUCACUCUACUUAAGGCAGAAACCCUGGCCGAAUACACAGUCCGCACCUUUGCUUUGGAGAGGAGAGGAUACUCAACCAAGCAUGAGGUCCGUCAGUUCCACUUUACCUCCUGGCCUGAACAUGGCGUGCCCUAUCAUGCCACUGGAUUGCUGGCUUUUAUACGAAGGGUAAAAGCCUCUACGCCCCCUGAUGCUGGCCCAGUGGUGGUCCACUGCAGUGCGGGGGCAGGACGCACCGGCUGCUACAUCGUGCUGGAUGUCAUGUUGGACAUGGCCGAGUGCGAAGGUGUGGUGGAUAUCUACAACUGUGUGAAAACCCUCUGCUCUCGACGCAUCAACAUGAUCCAGACAGAGGAGCAGUAUAUCUUUAUCCAUGAUGCCAUUUUAGAGGCCUGUCUGUGCGGAGAGACGGCCAUCUUGGUGAACGAGUUCGCAGUCACUUACAAGGAAAUGCUGAGGGUGGAUUCUCAAAGCAAUUCCUCUCCGCUACGGGAGGAGUUUCAGACACUGAACUCUGUGACUCCCCAUCUGGAUGUGGAAGAGUGCAGCAUCGCUCUGUUGCCCAGAAACCGAGAAAAGAAUCGCAGCAUGGAUGUGUUGCCUCCUGAUCGUGCCCUUGCCUUCCUGGUCACUACAGAAGGAGAGAGCAAUAACUACAUCAAUGCGGCUCUCGCUGACAGUUUCCACCGGCAGGCUGCCUUCAUUGUGACCCCUCACCCUUUGCCUGGAACCACAGCAGAUUUUUGGAGGCUGGUUUUCGACUAUGGUUGCACAGCAGUCGUCAUGCUCAACCAACUCAACCAGUCAAACUCACCAUGGCCAUGUGUGCAAUACUGGCCUGAGCCCGGUUUACAGCAGUACGGACCCAUGGAGGUGGAGUUUCUGUCCAUUUCGGCUGAUGAAGAUGUUAUUACCCGGCUGUUUAGGGUCAAGAACGUCACCAGGCUCCAGGAAGGCCAGCUUGUGGUGUGUCAGUUCCAGUUCCUUCGCUGGUCCGCGUAUCGGGACGUUCCCGACUCCAAGAAGGCUUUCCUCAGCCUGCUGGCUCAAGUGCACAAGUGGCAAAGGGAGUGUGGAGAAGGGCGUACUGUUGUGCACUGCCUCAAUGGUGGGGGUCGUAGUGGGACCUUCUGUGCCUGCAACAUCCUCCUGGAGAUGAUCCAGUACCAGAACAUGGCGGACAUCUUUUAUGCUGUCAAAACUUUACGUAACUGUAAACCUAACAUGGUGGAGUCCCUGGACCAGUAUCGAUUCUGCUAUGACCUUGUCCUGGAGUACUUGGACUGCUUUGAAGACAGAUAGCAGCUAAAUGUUUAUGACAGCUGCAGCGGUUCCCUCCUACGUGGGAGAUGUGCUUUGGAGCCAACCGGUGUCCUCCCUUCGUCUUUAAAAUAUGGACCUCUGGACUCGGCCUUGAACUAACAGAAGGAAUGUUGAGGGAAAAAAAAAAAGGUUCUAACAUUUAACCUUUAAUGUAAAAUAGUUAUUUCCUUCUUGUUGGUGAUGUGUAUCUCCUUUUGAUAUAUCUGUUUCACCUGGUCUAUUUUUGCCUCUUGGACUGAACCUCUUGUGCUAAAUACAACAUCCAGACCCUACCUUAAGGAACGUUCCCCAUGGCUAUGCGUCAUUUUUCUUCAAACAGGAUGGAGACUGGCUGGUUAUUCCAAAGCUGGAGCUGACUUACUCAAACUUGGGUAAAUCAUUUUUUUUUUCCAAAUGGCUCUCUGCAAAAACAAUCCGUUGUGAUUGUGGCAUGACUUAUGUACAGUACCAUAAACUGCCUUAUUGUAUAAUGGUAACCAAAAAAAAAUAAAAAAAAUCUUUAAAUCUAAACAUGAAUUUUAAAACUUAUACUGCUGGAGAAAAGCUCAUUCAGAAUCCGAACUUAAAGUCUCCAUUCUCCAGAAUUAAGCAGCAUUGCAGAAUAAACUGUAUAGUAUUGCAGUGUGAUGUGUUUUGCCCUUACAUGUGUGCUGGAUUACCAUGUGUGCUACAGCCGGGCAUUUCCAGGCAGCGCAGCAGGACUUCUGGUACCACGAAGAGAGAUUCAUGUCUCAUUACUCUCACAGUGCCAAUCCCACUGACUGACUGACUGACUUGAAUCCUUUUGCUUUGUUCUUCUACUUCAUCUCGAUGUAUGUCAACAAACAUGCAGCUGAACUGUAUCAUGCAAGUGAUUGUUUGUAUUUUAUAUACCCCCAUGCAAAAGAAAAAGGAUCAGCAGGAAACUGUGCUGAGCUGCCAUAGUGCUGAUGUGAAAACUGAUGUUCCAUGAAUACUGUGGUGAUGUGUCUUACCAGUGCAGCGUUACCUGGUUUUACUAUUUCGUUGUCUGAAUUAUUAGGUUAUUCUGUAAACUAUCAAAGCUAAAUCAGUUUCAAUUUGAACAUUUCAGGUGUGGGAAUUAGAGAUUUUUUGACAUGAAAUUAGUUGUUGUUAUUGUUGUUGAGUAAAUAUGUACUGUAUUAAUAAAGAGCUGCAUUAAGAUUGUGCAGAGGGAAACAA